CGCGCCCGCUGACCGUGAGGAGAGGGGAUCGACCCGAGAACUAGCCUCACACAAGCAAGGGUGCCAGUGCCACGCCUUAGCCUUCCUCCUGGCCACGGGUGUGGGGGCUCUUUUUCCUCAAAAUCUGCCGCCACACUGCCUUGCAGGGUGCACUUUCUGCGUGCUCCAACAGUCAGUCGCCAACGCCCAAAUACCCCGAACCCCCCUCCUCCAUCUCGUCCUCGUCCUCGUCCUCGUCUGCGGCUACAGAGCCCAUCGUGACGCGCACUCGGCCAUGGCAAGCACCUCGUCCGCACCCGCCGGCGCCACAGAUGCCGUGCUGAAGCCAUCCGAGCCGGUGCCUGAGGGUGUGCAGCAGGUGCAGGGCAUCGACUUCAACCAGCAUGCGGCGCGCCCCAUCACCGUCGACGAGCUCGUGGGCGGCUAUGCCACCAUGGGCUUCCAGGCAACCUCGGUGGGAGCGGCUGUGCGGAUUAUCAAUGACAUGCGCGCCUGGAGAGACCCUGAGACGGGCGACCGCACCACCAUCUUUCUCGGAUAUACGUCCAAUCUCAUCUCGUCGGGCCUGCGCGAAACACUGCGCUACCUGGUCCAGCAUAAACAUGUCUCGGCCAUUGUCACCACGGCCGGCGGCGUUGAGGAAGACUUUAUCAAGUGUCUCGCCCCCACCUACCUGGGCUCCUUCUCCACGCCUGGCGCCGGCCUGCGCAAAAAGGGCAUGAACCGCAUCGGCAACCUCGUGGUCCCCAACAGCAACUACUGCGCCUUCGAGGACUGGGUCGUGCCCAUUCUCGACAAGAUGCUCGAGGAGCAGGAGGCUAGCAAGAAGACUGAUGAGCCGCUGCACUGGACCCCGAGCAAGGUCAUCCACCGCCUGGGCAAGGAGAUCAACGAUGAGCGAUCUGUCUACUACUGGGCAUGGAAGAACGACAUCCCUGUCUUCUGCCCAGCUCUCACGGAUGGAAGUCUGGGCGACAUGCUGUAUUUUCACACGUUCAAGUCUUCGCCAGAGCAGCUGCGUGUCGACAUUGUAGAGGACAUUCGCAAGAUCAACACGAUUGCGGUCAGAGCAAAGCGGACAGGCAUGAUUGUCCUGGGUGGGGGACUGGUGAAGCACCACAUUGCUAAUGCGAACCUGAUGCGCAAUGGCGCCGAGAGCGCCGUCUACAUCAACACGGCCCAGGAGUUUGAUGGGAGCGACGCAGGCGCGCGGCCGGACGAGGCUGUCAGCUGGGGGAAGAUCAAGCUGGAUGGAGACAGUGUCAAGGUGUACGCUGAAGCAACGGUAGUAUUCCCGCUCAUUGUGGCGGCGACUUUUGCACGAGUGACCGCCAAGGCAGAAGACUAAUUGAAACCAAACAAAAAAUCGAGCAUUGGAAUGACGGGCAUGGCUUGUGCAAGGUGAAGCUGCAGCGAGUUUUGCAUGGAGCAACGUUGAUGGUGCGGAGAGAGCUGACGCAGGGAAGGCGCGAUCGGGCCCACCUCCCCCACUGGGCCGACCACGCUAACGUGACUGCCUGGCUAGCCGGUGACUGUGGAGCAAUCGAUAAGCAGCAGCGCGAAGCUGAGGUGCCGCGAUUCCUCCAUGAUGAUGAUGCCAAUGAGCGGCGAACCAUGCCACGCAGCCCUACGCCUAUGCGAUGACUCAAGCACCCCAGGCCCCGCGAUGAGAGCAUG